AUGUCCUCCCCUUUUCUCUCUUCUCUUCCUUUCAUUCCAUUUCUCUCUCCUCCUCUUCUCUUCUCAUUCCAUCUAUCUCUUUCUUCUCUCUCUCCAUCUCUUUCUCUUCUGCAUGUCCUCUCAUUCCAUCUCUCACACUCUUCUCUCCUUCCAUUUCUCUCUCUCAUCUCUUCUCACUCCAUCUUUCUCUCUCCUUUCCUCAUCUCUUCUCAUUCCCUCUUUCUCUCUCCUUUCCUCAUCUCUUCUCACUCCCUCUUUCUCUCUCCUUUCCUCAUCUCUUCUCACUCCCUCUUUCUCUCUCCUUUCCUCAUCUCUUCUUAUUCCCUCUUUCCUCCUUUCCUCAUCUCUUCUUAUUCCCUCCCUCUUUCUCUCUUCUUUUCCUCAUCUCUUCUCUCAUCCCUCUUCUUCAUCUCUCCUUUCCUCAUCUCUUCUCCUCCCUCUCUCUCUCCUUCCUCUCCUUUUCCUCAUCUCUUCUCUUCCUCCCUUCUCUUUCUCUCUCCUUUCCUCAUCUCUUCUCCUCCCCUUUCUUUCCUUUCUCUCCUUUCCCUCAUCUCUUCUCUUAUUCCCUCUUUCUCCCUCCUUUUCCUCAUCUCUUCUUAUUCCCUCUCUCUUCUCUCUCCUUUCCUUUCUCUUCUUCUCCUCCCUCUUUUCUCUCUCCUUUCCUCAUCUCUUUUCUCUCCUUUUCCCUCUUUCUCUCUCUUUCCCUCAUCUCUUCUCCUCCCUCUCUCUAUUCCCUCUUUCUCUCUCCUUUCCUCAUCUCUUCUCACUCCCUCUUUCUCUCUCCUUUCCUCAUCUCUUCUCACUCCCUCUUUCUCUCUCCUUCCUCAUCUCUUCUCCUCCAUCUUUUUCUCUCUCCUUCCUCAUCUCUUCUCCUUUCCAUCUCUUCUUUCUCUCUCCUUCCUCAUCUCUUCUCACUCCAUCUUUUCUCUCCUUCCAUCUCCUCAUCUCUUCUCUCUCAUCUCUUCUCCCAUCUCUCUCCUUCCUCAUCUCUUCUCACUCCAUCUUUCUCUCUCCUUCCUCAUCUCUUCUCACUCCAUCUUUCUCUCUCCUUUCCUCAUCUCUUCUCACUCCAUCUUUCUCUCUCCUUCCUCAUCUCUUCUCACUCCAUCUUUCUCUCUCCUUCCUCAUCUCUUCUCACUCCAUCUUUCUCUCUCCUUCCUCAUCUCUUCUCACUCCAUCUCUCUCUAUUCCUCAUCUCUUCUCACUCCAUCUCUCUAUCUUCCUCAUCUCCUCUCAUUCCAUCUUACUCUCUUCUCUCUUUCCAUCUCUCUCUCUCUCUUUCACAUGUCCUCUCAUUCGUUCUCCCUAUUUCUCACUCCUCCCAUUCCAUUUGUGUCCCUCUUCUCCCCUCAUUCUACUUCUUGCCCUUUCUUUCUCCUCUUAUUCCAUCUCUCUCUUCUCUCAUUCCAUCUCUCCCCCUCUUCUCUCAUUCCAUUUCUCUUUCUCAUCUCCUCUCACUUCAUCUUUCUCUCCCUGUUCCUCAUCUCCUCUCAUUCCAUCUCUCUCUCUCCUUGUUCCAUCUUUCUCUUUUCUCUCUUACCAUCUCUAACUCUCUCUUUCAUGUGUCCUCUCAUUCCUUCCAUUCCAUUUUUCUUCUUCUCCUCUCGUUCCAUCUCUCUCUCUCUCUCUUCCUCUUUUCCUCUCGUUCCAUCUUUCUUCCUUUCCUCCUCUCAUUCUAUCUAUCUCUCUUCCUUUUCUUCUCUCAUUCCAUCUUUCUCUCUCUCCCUCCCUCUUCUCCUCUUGUUCAAUCUCUCUCUCACUCUGUCCUUCUCGUUCCAUUUCUCUUUUCCUCCGACCUUCUCGUUCCAUCUCUCUCUCUCUCUUCCUCUGUCCAUCUCGUUCCAUCUCUCUCUCUCUCUCUCAAUUCCUGUUGCUCAAAAGUAUCAAACUGACUUAAUUUCGCCUUGUGUACCCAUGGAUACUUGGGUGGAAACCUGCCCUCUGGUUGAGAUCACCCAUAAAGUCCCACAUUUUUAG